AUGGCGCCGCUGAAGGACAAGAAGAUGCUGGCGACGAAGGAGCAGACCAUCCUUCGUCGGUCCAUCGCUGAGUACGAUUCCGGCAAGUACAAGGCGUCGCUCAAGGGUGCCGAGCAGAUCCUCAAAAAGUAUCCCGACCACGGUGAGACGCUCGCCAUCAAAGGGCUUUGUCUCUCGCAGCUCGAGCGAAGAGCUGAAGCGGUGGACGUGGCCAAGCGCGGGUUGCGGCAGGACCUGACGAGCUUCCUGUGCUGGCACGCGCUCGCCAUCUGCCAGCGCAAAGAUCGCAACUAUGAAGAAGCGCUCAAAUGCUACAUGCAGGCCGCACGGCUGGAGCCGACCAAUCAUGCGCCCGUCAUUGAACAGCGCCUCAAGGUGCUCAAGGUGCAGUCUCAUCUCCGCCUCAAUUGGACCCAACUCGCCAUCUCGCAUCAUCUGGCUGGUAGCUUGAACGAAGCUGCAAGAGUGCUGGACAGUUAUGAGGACACUAUCAAGUCUCACCCUGACAAGUCCUUCGAGCAUUCGGAGACCAUUCUAUACCAUGCUUUGAUUCUCGAGGAAGCGGGCCGCUAUCAGGAAGCGCUAGACAAGCUGGACCAGAACAGCAAGGCUAUCCUUGAUAUAAAAGCAAAGGACGAGCUUCGAGCUCGCUGCUGCCUCUCGCUAAAGAAGAUUCACGAGGCGGCCGUAAUCUUUCGCUCCCUCCUCGAACGCAAUCAAAAUACAUACGCCUACCUCGAAGGUUACUUGGAGGCGAAAGGCGUUCUACUCCCCUCAUCCUCGUCAGCCGGCAAGCUCCCCGAGUCAUCGAACCAGUCAAACGCGAUCGAAGUCAUCGAAGACCUUGAGCGGAGCCUACCCAGCAGCGCGGCCGUUAAGCGCGUUGCGCUCCAACUGCUGCACGGCGAUGAGUUCCGUAAGCGCCUGGAAGCCUACAUUGUGCGGAAUUGCCAGAAAGGCGUGCCGUCGCUUUUCAGCUCGCUCAAGCGCUUGUACGAUGAUGAAAAGAAGAAGAGAAUGAUUGAAAAGGUCGCGGAAGCGAGGCGUCAGGCGUGGCAGCCGCGCGACAGAGCUGCCUCUUCGAGUUCAGAGCAAGGGGAGCGACAAGGCGGCGAAGAGCAAGACGAGGAGCCUCCAUCCACGUAUCUCUGGUGUCUCUAUCUCCUCGCGCAACACUACACUUUCACCGGACAGCACGAACGCGCGUUGGCGUACAUCGACUCGGCGCUGGCGCACACGCCGACAAUGCCCGAGCUGCACAUGACGCGUGCGCGCAUUCUGAAGCGCAGCGGCGAUCUGCUUGGUGCCGCGCACGCCGCAGAUGACGCGCGGUUGCUCGACGGGCAGGACCGGUACCUGAACUGCAAGGCAGCCAAGUACGCGCUGCGAAUCGACGAUGUCGAGUCGGCGGUCAAGCUUGUCGGUUUGUUCACGAAACAAGACGUUGCCAACCCCGUGGUAGACCUGUUCGACAUGCAGGCCUUCUGGUACCUCUCUGAAGAAGCACAGGCCCAUCUCCGACUCGGAAACUACCAGCUUGCGCUCAAGCGGUUAUCGCAAAUAGACAGCGUCAUCAACGACAUGUGGAAUGACCAACUGGACUUCCACGGCUACUGCAUCCGCAAAUUCACUCUUCGCUCGUACGUCCAGUCCAUCCGGUUCGCGGACCAGAUACGGACACACGAGCCUUACGUCCAAGCGGCGCUGCGGACCGUCGAGCUGUGCUGCAAGAUGCAUGACGAGCCGGCGCUCAAGAUGGCCCAGCUGGCGGGGCGCAAGUCGAGGCUCGCUGCUAUCGCUGCAUCGUCUCGGAUGGCUACAAACGGUGCAGCGACGCACGGGCCCACGACCAAUGGCGCCGUCGCCAACGGGACCGUCGCCGAUGCAGCAGAUGUCAAGGGAGCAGAAGGGGAAGCCAAGAAACAAUCUAAUAAGAGCAAAAAAGCCGAAGCAAAAGCCAAGGCGGAAGCUGCGCGACAAGCGGCGGCUUCAGCAGCGGGGAAGGCAACCGAAGCUAAGGACAAGAAGAAAGAUGACGAAGAAGAGGUACCGCAGCCUCCGCAAGAUCAGGAUCCAGAUGGUGUCCAGCAACUGGCAGACCUUGCACCGCUCACCCUUGCGAGGAACGUGUGUCGCGGCCUGCAGACCAACGUGCCGGGUCAAAUCGAGACUUGGCUCGCGACUUUCGAGUGGGCAGUGCGUGAGAAGAAUUGGCUUGCUGCUGCACGAGCGAUCAUCAAGGCCCACUGCCUUGACUCCGCUCAUCAUCAACUGCACGUGAACAUCAUCAGGCUCCAACAGCUUCUCCCAGACCUCUCCGGCGCACCGGAGCCUGUACAGGAUUCGAUCAGAGCGGCGCUAUCUUCCGUUAUCUCGUCAUCGUCGCCAUCGUCAGCUUUAGUCGCGGACGGCAAGACGCUCGAUGCAUUCAACGUGCAGUACCUACAAGCCCACUCAGAAAAUGCUCUGCGCGUCCUAGGCGCCGCAAAGGGGUUGCUGCACAUACACGGCGACGCGCGUAAGAGCGAUGUGGCUGAGUACGUCCUGCGCCUGCCGAAACUGGCUUCGUCUUCGAAGGCCUCGUCGCUGCAAGGUCUCAUUGACGGCCAAGAGUUCCUGCGCUCAAUCAGCGGUGUAGAUGGCGACGCUGCGCUGCUGCGUGAGUACAACGAUGCGUGCCGCAAACUGUGGCCGCGCGCGAAUGCCUUCAAGUCCGACGAAGAGCUUUCCACGGAAGCCUCAGAGCGUGCGACCGCGCGUCAACGCUGGGAAGCGGUGAAACAUGAGGACAGGGAAGACGCCCCGACUGACGCUUGGUGACCAUCCUUCCACGCUUGGAAAGAUAAUGGGUAUCAUGUAGUGAUGUGUAUAUUCCAUCCAUAGCUGCAUC